AUCGUUGAAGGUCUGCUCGUUACUUCAGAUGGGACCCACCAAUACAUCCGGAUCUUUUUGCGCAUGGUCUUCUCCACAGCCUCAUCCUCUCCCCAUUUCCCUCCACAGACCAAAAAUUCCCCUUCCUUCUCAUAGAUUCUUCCCGCGAUUUUCUCCCACCGUCUUCGACCUUCCUGACGAACUGCCGCCGGAGUCGAUUCCGAGCCGGCCGCCAUCACCAUGGCUCGCGGCAAGAGCAGUCGUGAGGGGACGAGGAAGCAGCACGGGCGAUGCUCCGCGCAGCCCUCCGGCUCCGCUGGGCCGCCUCCUGCGCAACCAUCCACCGGCUGCGCCGCCCCACCUCCUCCUCUUUAGUUCACUGGGUGCGCCCCACCGCGUCCUCCGCUGCAGUUCACCGGGGCCGUCGCGCCGCCUCCGCUGUCGCACCCUGGGGCCGUCGCGCCGCAGUACACCCCCGCGCCGUCCCCUUCUCCGCAAUACACCGCCGCGCCGAAUCCUCCUCCGCAAGUCACCACUGGAGCAUUUGGCUCUGCUGAUUGGUCUUCUGCACACAGCAAUUUGUCUCCACGGGGGGGAAUGGAUCCUCGUCCGCCCGGUGGUUUCUUAAAUUAUCUGCAUAGUCAGCAAUAUUCGCAGUUGGCCCAACAGUUUCCUCUUGAAAUUUUUUAUUUUGUCGGAAUUCCUGGACACCAUGCUCCAUUCACGCCACCAGCUUUCCAAGGGAGUCCGUUAAUGACAGGGCCAGAUUCAGGCACUCCAAGUUCUGUUCCGCACAAGCAAACCAAAGAACAUAUCGACCUUGAUGCCGAUGACAAUGGUGAAGCUGCACGCACUGAUAAGCGUUUAGCAUGGACUCAUCAAGAGGAUGUCAGACUUGUCAAUGCUUGGAUAGAGAACUCAAAUGAUCCAAUCAAUGGAAAUUCCAAGAAAAAUGAUCAUUACUGGUCACAGGUUGCCGAUGUCUACAAUAGAAACACUCCAAGUAAUCGCAGAAGAGAAGCUAGCCAAUUCAAUGUUCGUUGGCACCGAGUUAGCACAAAAAUUAACAACUUUCAUGGCUGUUAUGAGUCUGUGAGGAGUGUAUAUGUGAGUGGCAGGUUUGAUCCGGAAGUGAUAGCUGAUGCACUUCUGAAGUAUGAGGCGGAUUAUGGAGAACCUUUCAAAUUAUGUCAUUGGUGGAAGGUUCUUAAAAAUGAACCAAAGUGGCUAACAUAUUGUGAGAGGCUGAAAAAAGAUAAAAAUUCGAGCCCGCCUUCAAUUGUUAUAGAUGUUGUUCAAGAUAUCCCGCGUCCAGAAGGUAGCAAAGCAGCCAAGGCCAACCGCAACGGAAAGCGCAAAAUGCCAGAGAUGGCAGAUGAGAUGCGAGAUGAAUUGGACAAGUUUAUAGCAGCUCAAACCGCAGCAAGAGAAGAUCGUGAAGGGAUGAAAGAGUUUCAGCUCCGUAUAUCAUCUGAGAAGCUUGAAGCGGCAAAGCUUGCACGACAGCCUGAAAAGGACAAGAAGGAGCACAAGAUACUUGAUACGUACAAAGAGCUCAUGCUGGCUAACACAAGUGGGCUGGAUGAAGAUGAAAAGGCUGAGCGCAAGAAGGCAUUGAAGUUUAUGAGUUUGCAGCUUUUCGAUGGAGAAAAUUGAGGAUGGUGGAUGGAAAUUUAUGUCAGGCUAGCAUCCAUGGACCAUGGGGAGAGUACAUUUUGUAAGCUGAAGGUAUUUUGCUGUUGUUAGAGAACUCAUGAUGAGGUUAUAUUUUGCACAUAGAAGUUAUUUUGCUGUUGUUGGAGACUAAGUGUUUCCAAUGUUCUGAAGUAUGUGGCUGUACAUUCAUGGAUGGAUUAUCUUCUGUGACUAAAGUAUGUGGCUGUUUUGAUGUGUGAUUUGUAGCACCAAUUUUGUGCCUACAUGAUUACUAGAUUACAUGCUGCUUCUGUAUUCGAAUGGUUGACUAGCCAUUUCUCAACACACACUGACUAGUCUUUUCCCAACACAUGCAUGAAUUUUGGACUUAGUUUUCCCAACACAUGCAUGAAUUCUGGACCUAGUUUUCCCAACACAUGCAUUCCCAACUCACGCAUGAAUUCUGGCCAUAGUUUUCCUAACACAUGUGUUCCCAGCCCAUUCAUACCCUCCUAUAUAUUGAGAUCAUUUGUACUGUAGUUUUACCCAUUGACAACUAGAAUCCCUUGCUGUUGCUCCACACAAUGUCAGACUCGUCUCCUCCCUCGAACGAUGUCAACGAAACCAACACAAUGGACCCAACUGAACUAUAUACCAUGGAUGAUUUCAUUGCGGAGCAAAAUAUCUUUGAUGGUUUUGCUGGGCAAAUCGCUGCCAAGUUCAAGGCCACCAUGGAAGCUGGGACGUCUCGUCGCCGAAGUGCUCCAAGGAGGUAUAUCGAUAGGUCUCGUGAAGAAUGCCAUCAACAUCUCGUCGCUGACUACUUCUGCGACAACCCACUCUACAACGACAAGCAGUUUAGAAGAAGAUUUCGGAUGACACGCCCUCUCUUUCUGCGUAUCGUGAGUGCCCUAAGCGAGUGGUCUCCAUACUUCACUCAAAGGAGCGACUGCACUAAUCGCGAAGGGCUCUCACCAUUGCAGAAGUGUAUGGCUGCCAUUCGCAUGUUGGCUUAUGGUAGUCCGGCGGACCAACCGGACCAAUAUCUGAAGAUUGGCGAAAGUACCUCAACCGAUUGCUUAAAUGAGUUUACACAAGGUGUGAUUGAUAUGUUUUGUGAGGAGUAUAUGCGACGUCCCAGGGCUGAAGAUCUUGAGCGUUCGCUACAAGUUGGUGAGAGUCGUGGUUUCCCUGGCAUGUUAGGAAGUUUUGACUGCAUGCAUUGGCGCUGGGAAAAAUGUCCUGUUGCAUGGAAGGGCCAAUUUACUCGCGGUGAUCAUGGUGGCCCGACGGUUAUUUUAGAGGCAGUUGUUGCAAAAAAUCUUUGGUUCUGGCAUGCCUUCUUUGGUGUUGCUGGUUCAAAUAAUGAUAUCAAUGUGCUUAAUUGGUCACCUUUGUUCGUCGAGGAGUUGAGAGGACAUGCUUCCCGAGUGCAGUACCAUGUCAACGGGAAUGAGUACAAUACAAGCUACUACCUCGCUGAUGGGAUUUACCCGGAGUGGGCUGUAUUUGUGAAGACAAUCCGUCUCCCACAGACGGAAAAAGGAUAAGAUGUUUGCACGGCACCAAGAAGGAGCAAGGAAGGACGUCGAGAGGGCAUUUGCUGCCUUGCAACAUCAAUUUUCUAUUGUGCGACGCCCAGCCCGCUAGUGGGAACGAGCAACUCUUGCACGAAUCAUGCGAGCUUGUGUCAUUCUCCACAAUAUGGUAAUUGAAGACGAGGGUGACAUGUUCAACGCUCCUUUGAACUCGGAUGAGAUGGACGGUACAUCGGUUGUUUUCCCACCUGAAGUCACCGUUGGCGUCACCCAUGCAUUUUCCGAUGUCCUUAGAAGAAAUGCCACCAUCCGAGCUCGCUCGACGCACAUCUAACUCAAAAAAGAUUUAGUGGAGAAUAUCCGACAAAAGUUUAGGCAUGGGUAGAAUAAUUUGGCUUUGAAUAAUUAUGUAUUUUUUUCUUGAGCAUGCUACUAUGGAAUCCUCAAAUAAUCGUGUGAUCCGCAUGAUAAAUAAAUUGUUUAUUGUCUA